GCAUUUCAAUGCAGUAGUACUUAGCUUAGCUGGGCUCCAAGAAAGGAGUAAUCUUUGCAUUCCUCCAAGGCCACAGUGAAGAGCAAGAGACAUAAAGACAACAUAGGCCCUAGUACUGAAGUUUUAAACACAAACACCAACAAAGGCCAAGCCAAAAAAAAAAAGGAAAACACCAUGAUCUUCUUCCACACCAACCCCAUCACCAUUUUUCUCUUUCUCACUUCUCUCAUUCUCUCAUCCCACCCCCGCAGCUUCUCUGCAGCUUCUGAUUCUGAAGUGGAUGAUGAAACCCCAUUUACUUACACCGAAGGAACUGGUAAAGGGCCAAAGAAAUGGGGCCAAAUCGAUCCCCAUUGGAAAGCUUGUGGUAAUGGGAAAACGCAAUCUCCUAUUGAUCUUCUGAACAGAAGGGUGCAGGUUUUUCCUAGCCUGGGGAAAUUAAAAAGGGAUUACCAACCAGCUCCGGCUGUUGUGAAGAACAGAGGACAUGACAUUACGGUGAUGUGGAAAGGGGAUGCCGGAAAAAUUAACAUAAAUGGGACUGACUACAAGCUGUUACAAUUUCAUUGGCAUUCACCAUCUGAACACACAUUCAAUGGAUCAAGGUAUGACUUGGAGCUCCACAUAGUUCAUCUAAGCUCUAGUGGAGAGAUAGCUGUUGUUGGAAUUGUUUACAAAUAUGGCCGCCCUGAUCCCUUACUUUCAAAGCUGUUCCACCACAUAAAGUCAGUUGGAAAAGAAGAGAGAGAUUUGGGGAUCUUUAACCCAGGAGCUAUUAAGUUUGGGAGCAGAAAGUAUUACAGAUACAUUGGUUCUCUUACAGUUCCUCCCUGCACUGAGGGUGUCAUUUGGACAAUAGUCAAGAAGGUAAGGACAGUUUCAAGAGAGCAAGUGAGAGCAUUAAGGGAAGCUGUUCAUGAUGGAUUUGAGGCAAAUGCAAGGCCAACUCAGCGAUCGGGUGACAUAGCAGUUGAGUUUUACACACCAAAAGAGAAUGGAGGUUCUACUUAGGUUUCUAUAAUUUGAAAAUAAAAUUAAUACUUGAAGAACCACAUAACUGCAUUAUCUCCAAAAUAAGAGAUUUUUAUACACACCAACUAGAACACCUUCCCUGUGUUUAGGGAUUUUUAUUCUCAAUACAAAGAACUUGUUAUGCGCACGUUCAGCGGGUAAAAGAAAUAAACAUCCAAGAAGUGACAUUUCUGGUUUGUUUUUAA